AUGCCCCCGAUCCUUUUGGACGGCGGCUUCUCCCGCGAACUCAUCCGCCUCGGUGCCCCAUUCGCCCAGCCCGAGUGGUCCGCCCUAAGCCUUCUGUCUCCGGAAAGCCACACGUUCGUGUCGCAAGCACACACCGCGUUCGCACGCGCGGGCGCCGACAUUCUCACGACCAACUCGUACGCAAUCGUGCCGUUUCAUAUUGGUGAGGAAAGGUUCUGGGAGAGAGGGAAGGAACUGGCAAGCGAUGCGGGAAGGUUGGCGAGGAGUGUAGCAUCUGAGGAGGAGGGGAGGAGGGGCACGGAGAGGGAGACCGGAGAGGACGGAAGCUCGGCAGCGAGUUCAGGGUUGGUCAGGGUCGCGGGGAGUCUGCCGCCGAUCUUUGGGAGCUAUGAGCCGGCACUCUUCGAUGCGAGCAGGGUGCAAGAGCACUUAGCCGUACUAGUAGGAGGUCUCGCAGCCUGGGUGGAUCUGUGGCUAGGCGAGACGCUGAGCUUGAUUGCCGAGGCUGAAGCGGUGCGGACAGCAGUCAAGAGAUCGGGGAAACCGAUCUGGAUAGCAUUCACGCUGGACGAUCGGAGUGAACAGCCAGAUUCGGAGGCUCAAGCAAAGCUGCGAGGGGGAGAAACGGUAGCAGAAGCCGCAGCCAAACUCAUUGAAUGGGACGAUGUCGAUGCCAUCUUGUUCAACUGCUCGAAGGCGGAGUGUAUGUUACCGGCCGUCAAGCAGACUAAAGCUGUGUUCGAUGCGCAUGGUUGCAAGAAGCUGAUUGGUGUCUACGCCAACCGCUUCGAGCCACAGGGCGAGGACUACAAGGCAAAUGCAGUCGUUAGCACGCUUCGAGACGACUUGGGUACAGACCGAUAUGUUGAGUUCGCAAAGAACUGGAUCGAAGCUGGAGCAGGCAUCGUGGGAGGAUGUUGUGGUGUAGGCAGCGAGCAUAUUCGACGGCUUGGCGAGGAGUUGGUCACCAAAGAGCACCAAACGAAGGGGAAGUAA